AUGGAGUUGAAUGUCACUUGCCCCAUCUUGCUUACCCAAGAUGUUCUUCGACGCUUUGGCGACCAGGCCAACGCGAGAGGCACGCUUAAGAUCCGGAUCGUGAAUAUCUCGAGCCUUCUCGCAAUCCAGGUCAUGCCGUCGUGGUCCCUGUACUCCGUUGGCAAGGCCGCCAGGGACAUGCACAUGAAGUCCGUGGCCGCCGACGCACGGAGGUCGGGUCUGGACGUCCGGACACUCAGCUGGGCUCCUGGGCCAAUGGACACCAAGAUGGUGCAAGAGGUUCUGGAGACCUGUCCGGAUACCGACGUCCGCGCGCAGUUCCAGUCCAUGUACGAGUCGGGCACGCUGGUCGAUCCCAGAUACAGUGCUGCGCAGCUGAUGGUCCUGCUCCACGAAGAUUUCUACGAGAACGGUUGCCACAAGGACAUCUACGACAUCGGCGUGCCACCACCGGCCCCUGCAGCAGGCAGCGAGCAGCUACUGACGCCGGAACACUUGGCCGAAGUUCCGCAGCGGAUGCAGAAGCAGCUGCUGGGGGAAAGGCUCUAUCCGCAUGUGGCCAGAAGUCAUCCGGAGAUUGCCGGCAGGAUUACCAGUAUGUUGUUGGAGAUGGAGAACUCAGAAGUUCUGAUGCUGCUGCAAUCCGAGCAGCAUCUGCAAGCAAAAGUAGACGAAGCAAGGCGAUUGCUCGAGCUGUACAGCAAUGUGAGUCCGCCUGUGAAUCCCGCUGAAAUUGCGGGACAGCCGCCGGAAGUGCAAAGACAGUACUUUGGAGAGAGGCUUUAUCCUCGAGUGGCCAGAUACCAACCUGAGCUUGCUGGGAAAAUCACCGGCAUGCUUCUGGGGUUGGAGAGACAUGAACUCUUGGAGGUCUUUGAGAGUGAGCAGAUGUUGCAGUCGAAGGUCGAGGAGGCUCGCCGAAUCAUCCUCUUGCACGUCGACGAAGUGGCUCCUCCUUGCACUGCAGCUGAACUAGCGGAACAACCGCCGGAGCUGCAAAAGCAAUUUCUCGGGGAAAGGCUCUUUCCACGAGUGGCGUACCACCAGCCGGUGCUGGCUGGCAAAAUUACUGGCACGCUGCUGAUGGAGAUGACGAAUGAAGACCUCAUGGAGCUGUUAAAGUCCAAAGAGAUGCUCCUAGAGCAGGUCAACGAGGCACGGCACGUCAUCGAGGAGAACGCUGGCAUCGCGGGGAAACCGCCCGCGGUCCAGAAGCAGAUCAUUGGGGAGAGGCUUUUUCCGCAAGUGCUCCAGUACUACCCUCUGCUGGCUGGCAAGCUCACCGGUAUGAUGCUUGAGAUGGAUAACUCCGACCUCUUAGUUCUUCUGGAUUCUCCCCAGCUCUUGAAGGACAAGGUGGAGGAGGCCAAAUUGGUGUUGGACACGACAUGCGGACCGGACGCCCACCUCCUCACUGAUGAGCUGCUGCUGCAGGCGGAGCAGCCCUUUGCCGACAUCGAAGCCCAGCAGCCGACGCCUUGGUUCGCCGAGCCCGAGGAUUUGACAAAGGAGUUCCAUCGGCUGACGGGCAUCUCAGGUGCCGCGCCAUUUCGGGUGCCCCAGGGUGGCUUCGUGCAACAGGCGGAGGUGCAGCAACACCGCCUCCGCGACUUGCGGAGAUGCCUGGACAGGCAGGGUGCUUCGCCAUCGGACAUCAACAGUGUCCAGGACAGCGUCAGCGAGCUAGAAGGGCUCGUCGAGGACUUGGCUGAUCUUGGCCCCAGGGCGCCUGCGGAGCCUCGGGACCAGGUUGCCGUGCGUCGCGCCAUUGUUGGAGCGCUUUACGAGGAACUCCGCUCCCUGGCAUCCGAAGUGAGGGGCGCCCAGGUUCUCGAAUUGCAGCGGGAAUCUGAGGUGGCUAGCUACUUCACUGCCACUCCAAGCACUGCGCGGCGUGCGCCGAAAGUCAAAAUGCCGUCUGUGGUGGAAAAGGACGACUUCGCAGACCUGUUGGGCCAAGUGGGCGACGGCCCCAGCGAGCCGGGGAGGCCAGCAGCCAGCGCUGCGCUUCAAGCAGAGGAGCAACGGCUCUUGGCGACCUUCACCACUGAUCUGGACAAAAUUCAGGAGACGAGAACGAAGAUCGAGGAGGUCUCGACGAUGGUGGGUCUCUUCGCGACCAAGGUUGCGGAGCAGACGGAACAAACCGAUGAGAUCUACGACCUCACCGAAGAGAGCACGGCAUACGUCGAGUCUGCUCAGCAGCACCUGGAAAGGGCCAUCCAGAACAGCAACUCCUAUCGUUUCUAUGUCGUCUGCUGGUUUAUCGGGUCGGCGCUGUUUCUCCUCGUCUUCGACUACAUCGACGCUCGCUGGUCCCCGAUUUGA